AGUCCCAUUUUAAAAACCAAAACAAAACUUCAUUAGCAUGUCGAGGUAACAUAAAAGUUUACAUUUUCUCUGGUUUUCGCGCCAUCCGCCAUGACAACAGAAGGCUAGCGGCAAGUAUGGGGUGUGGCACAAGUUUCCCCGCGCCCAAUUUAAACAAAGAAGGAAACGAGCCUUCGACGUCUGCGCCUGUAUCGCCUGCCAGCCCAAACGAUUCACCGAAGCCUAGAUCUAGUUCAACACCCGACAACCAAACUGAGAAAACCACCCUCGCUGUUCCGGAAAACAAAACAUCCACAAAGGAGCCCAGUUUCACGGCGAUUACCGUCAAUCUUUAUCCAGAAAAGUCCCGAAAUUCACAGGACCAAGGCAGUUUACCGAAAGACUACACCGGGUUGGAAAAAUUCGACGGUCAGCGUUACAGUAAUGUGAAGUAUCUUCAACCAGCCGGCUACGACCGGAUUCGACCCAAAAUGAUUCCAGUUCGACUAGACAGUCAGGGGUACCCAGACAGAAAAAGUGCACCACAUCGGGAAGACCAGAGACCGACCAGCGCGGUCAGUCGCGAUUCCCGACCCACUUCGUCCGUGCAGGUCAGAGUGACCUCGUCCAAAGGAAAAGUUGUCAACCCUCAAGAGAGAACGGGUAGAUAUAAGAAUGACAGGGAUGUGCCCAUAAAACGUGUAGACAGCCAGAAGAUACUAGUGUACCUCCAGCAGCCUGUGUAUUAUUUUCAAAACAAAUCAACGUUGGACACCGCCGUACGAAACAGCUACAAUUCACCGAGAGGCUCUAACUUGGUGGAGAGUGACUAUACAGGAUACACCAUUGCCUCUGAUGCUACAUUUGUACAUGCUACAGAUGAAAAAUAUGAUUACAUUGUUAACCUACUACCUCCAGGACAGUUGUUUGAAGACCUGGAAUUCCCGGCCAACAACGCAUCCUUAUUUUUUGACACUAAUGACCCAGCUGCUUCAAAAAUAGUUUGGCUACGACCUUUCGAAAUAGUGGGACCUAAUGAGAGACCCCUGUUCAUCAAGGAGGGCGUGAGCAGAGCUGAUAUCAUGCAAGGUAUUCUGGGUGACUGUUGGUUUUUGUCCUCUUGUGCUGCCAUUGCCAAAAGAUCAAAGCUGAUUAACAAAAUUAUCCCCAGUUAUCAGGUGUUGUACGGGCCAAAGUAUCGAGGGAUGGUUCACUUCCGCUUCUGGCGUUAUGGAGGCUGGUUACAGGUGAUUAUUGACGACCGCCUGCCCACGGAAAAAGGGAAAUUAAUCUACGGCCACUGUACUGACCCAACGGAGUUCUGGGUACCUCUGAUAGAGAAGGCAUAUGCUAAAUUGCAUGGGACAUACGAGGCAUUAGGUGGAGGCAUCACGAUGGACGCUAUGGUUGACUUGACAGGUGGACUUGCGGAGAGAUACGAUCUCGCUGAGUUCGAUUCCUUUCUCUUCAGGCGGAUUUACAGAGCCCACAAGACUGGGGCUUUUAUUGCCUGCUCAAGAAAGGGAGACUGGAGAAUGGCAACCGCUGCAGAUGAAAAUGGCCUUGUACCUGGCCAUGCCUACACCGUCACAAAUAUUGCUAUGGUGAGACACAGGCUGGGGGAUGAAAGACUUAUUCGAGUCAGGAACCCCUGGGGAGAUGCUACAGAAUGGAAGGGAUCCUGGAAUGAUAAAGACGUGAACUGGCAGUGGGUGGACCCAGACACUAGAGACAACCUCCUGGAACACAGCUCACCUGGAGAGUUCUGGAUGUCCUUCCGAGAUUUCUUUCGCCAGUUUGGCGAGGUGACUAUCUGCCUGCUGGGGCCUGACUUGGAUGGGGAUGGUGUGCCAGAACAUGCCGGCCACAUAGAAAUAAUUCGAGGUGAAUGGAAACUUGGAUACUCAGCUGGGGGCUCACGCAACAACCUUCAGAAAUUUAUCACCAAUGAUCAGUACCUGCUCACCAUCAUUGAACCUGAUGAUUUUGACAGUUCUAUGGAUGAUGCUGAGAGUGAAGGCCGGUGCAAUGUUGUCAUCGCACUGAUGCAGCAGCAUAGGAAGCCUCGGCGCAACAUAAAAAUUCCCAACUACCAGAUUGGAUUUUUUGUAUACGAGACAGAGUAUCGGACCAGGAAGCUGCCACUCAACUUUUUCCGAUACAACCCAGACUACGGGAAGACCAAGAUCUUUGUCAACUACCGUGAAGUGAGUGAAAGGUUUGAAUUUGAACCAGGUCACUACAUCAUCAUCCCCACAACCUUCCUGGAAGACUGCCCGGCCCAAUUCAUGCUUAGAGUUUUUGGUGAAAAAAGGUUCCAUUUAAGAGGGCCGCUAUCAAGGAACUGAAUGAUGUUGCUGUUCCAUUCUGACUCAGUGUCACGCAGGUGCACCACAUGUGUCAAACACAUCUUGACCAAGUCACAAGGUCAAGGCCGUUCAGGAUAAAAAUAAGUGAUACUGAGAAGAUAACACAAGGCAUCCUGAAGUACUGGCAACACAUCAUGAUACAUCAUGUUGAUGCAUCAUCCCAGUGUGGCUACCCUGAUGUGUUAACAGCACUUCAUAAUGUGAAACAUCCUGAUAUGUUGAUAGCAGGUAGUGUUGAUGACAUGCAAAUCUAGCAACGUAAAUCCCUGUUUGUUGUUUAUCCCAAUACAGAGUAUAUAUUUAUACAUUCCUAGAAUUCAGACCAAACUACCUCUUGAAGUGUUGAGAACUUAACUUCCAGAUAUUGUGAUACCACGAGACAGUAUAGUGUUGUUUUGUUUGUAUGUUGCGAUUUGAAAAUACUUAUUUCUACAAAUGUUUAUCUACAAAUAAGACAUGCUUAUAUUUUGUGAAAUGCUUAUAAUUUAUUAAAC